GUGAAUGAGGAAAAGGGGUGAAGAGAGGGAGAGAAAGAGAGAGUGGUAAAGAGCGAGAGAGACAGGGAGAGAGGGGGAGGGAGGGACAGACAACUUGAGCGGCUCAAGAAAGGAGAAAACGGUAGCAGCCUCUGGAGGAAAUAAUUGUGAGGGGGCCCUCACAGCGGGAGGAAGCGAGCUAGGAGGCAGGCGAGAUAAGCAGCGGUGCUAUGGCUCAGUCGGCUGCUAACGGCGUGGACCAGGACCUGGCCAGCAAGAGGCUGCACUCAAGGAUGGAGGCCUCUUGCUUGGAGUUGGCUUUGGAGGGAGAGCGACUGUGCAAGGCUGGAGACUUUAAAGGGGGGACAGCAUUUUUUGAGGCAGCCGUACAGGUCGGCACAGAAGACCUGAAGACCCUCAGUGCCAUCUAUAGCCAGCUGGGCAACGCAUACUUCUACCUCAAGGAGUACGGCAAAGCCCUGGAAUACCACAAACAUGACCUUACCUUAGCCAGAACAAUAGGAGACAGAAUUGGAGAAGGGAAAGCCAGUGGAAACCUUGGUAACACAUUAAAGGUGCUGGGACGCUUUGAUGAGGCUGUGGUGUGCUGUCAAAGACAUCUGGAUAUUUCUCAAGAGCAAGGUGACAAGGUUGGAGAGGCUAGAGCACUGUAUAACAUAGGGAACGUGUUUCAUGCAAAGGGCAAACAGCAGUUAUGGGGCUGCACCCAGGAACCGGGGGACCUGCCUCCUGACGUCAGGGACACACUGCAAAGGGCCACUGGCUUUUACGAGAUGAAUUUGUGUUUGGUGAAAGAACUUGGAGACCGAGCUGCUCAAGGUAGAGCCUACGGUAACCUGGGCAACACUCACUACCUGCUGGGAAACUUUGUCGAAGCAAUCAAGUUCCACCGUCAGCGAUUAUCCAUUGCCAAAGAAUUUGGGGACAAAGCAGCAGAACGGCGGGCCUACAGUAACCUAGGCAAUGCCCUGAUAUUCCUGGGCCAGUUCAACACAGCCACGGAGUACUACAGAAAAACGUUGCAACUAUCCAGGCAGCUGAGGGACCAGGUGAUGGAGGCUCAGGCCUGUUACAGCCUGGGAAACACCUACACUCUUUUGCAGCAAUAUGAGAGGGCCAUAGACUAUCACCUGAAACACCUGUACAUUGCCCAGGAGCUUACUGAUAGGGUUGGUGAGGGCCGUGCUUGCUGGAGUCUGGGAAAUGCAUACGUAUCUUUAGGGAACCACAAACAAGCUCUGCACUAUGCCCGAAAGCACCUGGACAUCUCGAAAGAAAUCGGAGACAGAAACGGGGAACUGACAGCCAGAAUGAAUGUGGAGCAGCUGAUGGAGGCUCUGGGGGUCAAUGAGAGUGACCUUUCACCUUCCAGUUCAGAAUUUGAGAUGCAAGGAGCAAGACCCAAAUUCACCAAGAGAAACAGCAUGGACAGUGUAGAACUGUGGAAGUACUCUUCAGAUAAGAAUGGUGAGAACCAAGAAUUGGAAAGUAUACCAAGGAGAUCCAAGAGUCAGCUGUCACAGCCCGGGAAAAGGAAAGGCUAUCCCGACAGUCAGUCAUCAGAUGAACGGCCGUGGUUAGACUCGCCUGUAGACACUGACGACAUCACUGUGCAAGUCCCGCCUCCAGUGCAAAAGCUGGGCCGUGACCCCUCCGAUGAAGACUGCUUCUUUGACCUCCUCAGCAAGUUCCAGAGCAGCCGCAUGGAUGACCAGCGCUGCCAUCUUGAUGAGCCACAGAACGGAGACAAUGGAGAAGGUGCUGCGAACUCCAUGCCGUCCCUGAACGAGAUGAUAGAUCCUGCAAUUACCACUUCCCCCCAGACUGAGGAGCUGUUUGAUUUGAUUGCGAGCUCUCAGAGCCGCCGUCUUGAUGACCAACGGGUUAAUGUUGGUAGCCUUCCUGGCCUGAGGAUUACCCAUAACAACCUGGGACACCUGGUGGGUGAGGGAGAUCACCAAGAACCCAGUGAUGACUUCUUCAACAUGCUUAUCAAGUGCCAGUCCUCCAGGAUUGAUGAUCAGCGGUGUUCCCCGCCAGAAGCCGGCCCCCACGCCCCCACAGUGCCUGAUGAAGACUUCUUCAGUCUAAUCCAGCGGGUGCAGGCCAAGCGUAUGGACGAGCAGCGUGUCCAGCUGCCCACAGACGACCAGGACAACCCCCAGUCCCCUGAUCCAGAGCCACCUGGUGGAUUUUCCAGCUAGGACUUGGUGAAUAAUACCGCAUGACUUAGUGUCAAAGAAAAUAAAAGCAGACGGAAGGAAAGAAGGAUGAGCCAACAUUUAAAAAAAAAAAAAAAAAAAAAAAAACAAACAAAAAAAAAAAAAAAACCACAGCACUCAAGGCUGAACUAACACGAUUUUUUUGAUAGCAAGACAAAUUCCAUGUGCAAUAGGUGGUACCCUGUCAAAUAUUGCUCAGUGUAUUAUGUUAUAGAUGUCUAAAUGUAACAGGAAAACAAGCAGGAUUUAAGCUCGGUGGUGUGGGGACGAAGAUGAUAUACUGUAAGGGAUGAAAUAUGUACUCAAUCUAAUGCCUUAAUCAGCUAAUUUUAAGACUCAAGAUUGUAUACCCUGGUGUCAGAUAUGUUUUUUAGAAGCACGUGAUGGGCAUACAGUGUAAUAUAAACAAUUGGUGUGGAGACGUACCGUGUGAGUCAUGGAGAUCACAAAAAGAUUUAAUGAUAGAAACAGAAUUUUAUGGAAAAUACAAGAGAAAUGAAAGAUUUGCACUGAAAUCUUAAUUUGAAGUCUGAUCACUUUCAACAAAAAUGUCAGUUCAGUUAUACAUGGAUCAGUGCUGCUUUUAUCAUUACAAUUUUUCUGGUUCCCACUACUCAUAGAGACUGGUGUUAUUUGUGCAGUAACAGUAUUAGGAAGAGCCUUCCAGUGUUAAACAAACGGCUUUGGUCCGUUUAAACGUUCCACUGAUUGAUAACCACACAUUUAAAUUGACUGAACCAUCAACAUAAAUGUUAUUUAUGUCCAUUUAAUGCAUCGGUCUCUUCACACAGUUUGCAGUUACAGAGGUUACUGCGCAAAUGAUAUGAAAUAGCUGCUUGUUUUAUAGAUUCAAGAUUAGAGAUGUGUGAUAAUUCAAGCUCCAGUUGAUGUCUCCGCUUGGCUUUUAAAGUGAUGCUAUCUGCUGCCCAUACUGUUCUGAACGUUUGAUAAUGGGCUACUACUUACUGCCAUUUUUUAUUAAUUAACAUAGAAAUAGAAGCAGAUUGAUGAGAUGGAUGCUUCAUAUAUUGAGGAAUCUAAUACAAUGAACAAUAUUGAGUUCUAGGUUGUGGUGCUGGUAUAGUGCCUCCCUGUGGUCAAAAUUUUGAAUUACUUCUGUGAAAAACAGAGCACACUCAGUUCUUGAAUAUCUGUAGGACCACACUGUAAUUAUGAUAUUCUGCUCCAAACUUUCCUCUGGUUUCAGCAACAAAGUUUUGCUAACUUGUACCAUGAAAUGGAGAUUUUUGCAAAAAGAAUAGUUGAAGCCUAUUGUGCGUUUUUUAUCCAUUUGUUGCUAUGAAAACAAGAGGGAUAAAAAACAACAGAAAGUACAUUUUAAUUGGCUCAGUUUGAAAGUUUUUGCUGCAUAAAAUCCAAAAUAUUUGAUCUUACCUAUGGGCUUGCUUUUUAUUCAAAAGUAGUGCUUACCUCAUUUUUGUACCUCAAACCUUAUAAGAACCAUGAAGAUACUGAAUUCUGAACCAGGAUGGAUCAUGUAAUCAUGUAAGUUCGUAGUGGUUAUGGUUGAUUCAUCUCUAUUUGAUAAACAACACAUUGGGAGCUACAUUUAAUAUUUUUCUUUUUCUGUUUUUUGUGAAUUAACAUUUUUAGAAAGUACCUGGUACGCUUCUAUUUGUCUUUGCCAUAAUUUGUACAUAUAAAUAUAUUUUGUAUUUAUGUUCCAUUUGAGGACAUGAAUAUGUCCCUUCAUGCUUUUAAUAAAAUGUUUCAGAUGUUU